AUGCUGAGCUCAACCCCAUGCACCACGCCCAUCACGCAGCCCCGCUGCCGUCCUCUUCUUAUCCCCAGCCCUCCCGCGCCAAGCCGUGGCCACAAACGGCGGCUGGACCACCCACACGUCGGCGUCGGCCACGCCGUGUCACUCCACUCCUCGCGUCGCCAUUGGCCCAGGUCACCAGAGAAAGGGCACUGGCAAAAGCCAGCUACAUCCGCUUCGGAUCGGGGCCCUGGAAACCUGUGGAGCGGAAGCUCCGGCCAUGGCCAUCCCAUCCUCCUAUUUAGCCGCGAUCUCCCCCGCAUCCUGUCACUAACCAGUGAUCGGAUCGCACAAAAAGCUCCGAAAAGCAGAAGCAUGGCCCUCCCGUCGCCGGCCGGCAUCGCGAAGCCGAGGCUUCACCUUCUCUUCAACCACAGGCGCACCAGUUCGUCGUCUGUCACCUGCUGCAGCAACAACGGACGGUCGUCGUCGUCUGAGCCCGAGGACUGGGCAGCGCCGUCCGGAAACGCCGUCGACUGGCGCUCGUUCCGGGCGCGGCUCGUCCUCAAGGAGCAAUACGCGAAGAGCUUCAACCCGGCGCUCAGGGCGUCGUGGUCGCCGGCGGUGAAGGUCGCGGACAAGUGGGCGCACCCGCUGGUGGAGCCGGAGAAGGGGUGCCUCCUGAUCGCGACGGGGAAGCUGGACGGGUCGCACAUCUUUGAGCGCACCGUGAUUCUCCUGCUGUCGGCCGGGGUGCUGGGCCCCGUGGGCGUGAUCCUGAACCGUCCGUCGCUCAUGUCCAUCAAGGAGGCGCAGUCCCUCUUCGCGGAGAAGGCGGACAUCGCCGGCACCUUCUCCGGCCGCCCGCUCUUCUUCGGCGGCCCGUUGGAGGAGUGCUUCUUCCUGCUGGGGCCGCGGGAGGGCGGAGACGGCGACGGCGGCGACGUGAUGGGCCGGACGGGGCUGUUCGAGGAGGUGAUGCCGGGCGUGCACUACGGCACGCGGGAGAGCGUCGGGUGCGCGGUGGAGCUGGUUAAGCGCGGGGUCGCCGGCGUGCGGGACUUCCGCUUCUUCGACGGGUUCUGCGGGUGGGAGCGGGAGCAGCUGCGCGACGAGGUGCGCGCUGGGCUGUGGCGUGUCGCCGCCUGCAGCCCCGCCGUUCUCGGGCUCACCGGCAUCGGGGGCGGGCUCUGGGAGGAGGUGCAGCAGCUCGUCGGAAAGAGGAGGGUGUGGUGA